AUGUUCAUCAGCAAAUCAAGCUGUAUAGGAUUUGCUGAUUCAAGAAUAUUUGCACACUCUCCUGUAUUCCAACGACAUCGUUUAUGUUUUACCAGAAUCUGCAGCCAGUUUGCCCCUAUUGAUUACAGAAAGCUAGGUGAAAAGUAUGUUCAGCGCUUUGGUAUCUAUAAUGUCUACAACUUAGCCGCCAGAGAUAAAAGAUAUUUGCAGCAACUUCUGAUUGAUUUGAUAGAAAACUGCAGGAAGUUGGAACACACUUUGUUGACUGGUUCAAGAAACCAAGUUGCUACACGAUUUAACAGAGGCAAUAAACCACAACUGAAGAGCGAAGCUCCUGAGAAAGUAGACGAUUUUCUCUAUGAAUGCUUAACAAAAAACAACUCCAUUAGAUCGUUUCUCUUGGAUAAGGAUAAUGAAUUUAUUCUUAGAAAGUAUCUCAUCACUGAUCCAAUACCAAAAAAUGAAAACACAAUUAAAAUGAUAUCCAGCUAUGUGUCCCAUGCCAUUAAUCACAAUGCUCCAAUAAGUGAAAAGUUGAUAUAUCUAUCAUUGAGACAGCUCCUCAAAAAUGAAAAGUCAGUCCCUUUUGAUAAUUUUAUUUCUUCCUUUGAAAUAGUCGAUUUAUUGUAUGGAAAGGAUUCAAACUAUACAAAGUUUUUGAAAUCGAAAUUUAUUGCAAAUUUUAUUAUCCCAUUAUCGGCUGUUUCGAUUAUACUUCUUCCUCUAUCACAGAUUAUAUUUCUUUCAUCAACAUACCUAAACAUUGGUUUAAUGUUAAUUCAAUAUUCCAUGAACAUUGGCUUUUUUUUACUCUUUUCUUCUAAUUUUUUCUUAAAACAAACCUCUAGAAUAAAAUGGUUAAAUGGAACAAAUUGGUUUCGUUGUAUAAUACACCAAAACGAAUUGUUAAUGAUUAAUAGAAUUAUUACUUAUUUUGAUGAAUUUUAUGAUUUGAAUGUUGAAAAUUAUCAUUUAAUCGGCUCAUCAAAUAGUUCAAAAAAUAAUGGCUUGAAAAGCCUCAACCACUUUAGAGCAAAUAACAAUUUCAAUAUUGAGUUUUUCCUUGAAAAUCAUAUCGAUGACAUUAAAGAAAUAAACUCAAUUGAUCAGACAAAACCAAAAAAUGAAGAAGAACUAGAGCUACUUAAAUUUAUAAUCAAAAAUUUGAGAAAUAGAAAAAUGAUUUUAAGAACAAAAGAAACAGAGAGACAGUUUUAUCAAUUUUGGUCUACAAGAGGUGAAAAUUUUGAAUGGAUUGAACCAGAUCAAGAUCCGGCUGAAAUGAUUUUAUUAAAAAUGUAUAAAAAAUAA